AUGUCGGCCGCAGCGUCUUACUUCCUCGACCUGGUCUAUUCGCUCACCAAUUGCAUGUCGUGCUUCCCCGGCUCCCCCCAAUUACGCAUAAACAACAAGAGCUUCAAGAUCCUGCGCCUACUCGGCGAGGGCGGCUUCUCCUACGUCUACCUUGUCCAAGACACCAGCACCAGCACACUCUACGCCCUGAAAAAGAUCCGCUGCCCCUUCGGCCAAGAGUCCGUUUCGCAGGCCCUCAAAGAAGUAGAGGCCUACUCCCUCUUCGCUCCGCACCCCAACAUUAUCCGCGCUAUCGACCACUCCGUCGAGUCCGAUAAGUCCGACCCCGGCGCUAAGACUGUCUAUAUCCUGCUGCCGUACUACCGCCGAGGGAAUCUGCAGGACAUGAUCAAUGCGAACUUGGUCAACCAUACUACAUUUCCCGAAAGGAGGCUCAUGGUGCUGUUUCUUGGUGUGUGUAGGGCGCUGAAGGCGAUGCAUCACUAUAGGGUGAAGAAGGGCCCGGGUGGGGAGGCGAGUGAACGCAAGGCUAGGGGCGUGCGGAGAGAGGCUGCGAGGGCGGAUAGGGAGGCAGGGGAAGAGGUGGAAAUGAACAUGGGAAAGAGGCGGCAGCGAAGUCCGCGGGGUGAGGCUGCGGGCGACGAUCUCGAGCUGGAGCAAGAACCGUUGAUGGAGGGGGAGGUCACGAGGAGUCAGGAGGGGGUGAAGGCUGGUGAGGAGAGGGCGUAUGCGCAUAGGGAUAUCAAGCCUGGCAACAUCAUGAUUUCAGAUGAUGGGCAGACACCGAUCCUGAUGGACCUGGGUUCUCUAGCUCCCGCGCCCACAUCGAUAACAUCCCGAUCGCUCGCACUGCAAGUCCAGGACCAGGCUGCGGAGCACUCGACGAUGCCGUACCGAGCCCCUGAACUGUUCGACGUCAAGACAGGCAGCACCAUCGACACGAAAGUAGACAUCUGGUCGCUAGGCUGCACGCUGUACGCGUGUCUCGUAGGCAAAUCGCCGUUCGAAGCACGCUCGGAGGAGACAGGCGGGAGUCUGAGCCUUUGUGUGCUUGGCGGCGAUUGGAGAUUUCCUGACGAGGCGCCUGCCAGAGGGAAGCAGAAGGCUAAAUCAGAGGAGGGUAUUACGCCUGCGGUGAAAGACGUUGUGAGGAGAUGUUUACGGGUCGAGCCGGCGGAGAGACCGGACGUAGACGAGCUAAUCAGUCUGGUCGAAGAGGUGAUUGAAGGACUGCCUCAGGACGGCGGUGCAGAGUAA